UCAAGGGCAUUGGCGAAUUGAUCACAUGUGCUGAAGCGGCGCAGACAUUAAUCGUUUGCUCUUAAUUUUGUUAUAUCUUUAAUAUCUAAUAUGGACAGUUUCAGUUCAGAUUUUCCCUCCGGGUCUUCGUCUGGUAAAAUGGACACCGGAACUAUAAUGGAGCAAGUUAAAGUUCAAAUUGCUGUUGCGAACGCUCAAGAGCUGCUGCAGAGAAUGACAGACAAAUGCUUCAAGAAGUGCAUCGUCAAGCCAGGAAGCUCAUUGGACAAUUCUGAACAGAAAUGCAUUGCCAUGUGCAUGGAUCGUUAUAUGGAUGCAUGGAACACAGUCUCACGUGCAUAUAAUUCAAGAUUACAGAGGGAAAGAGCGCGUAUUUGAUGUACAAAUGGUGGCCAGUAAUACUUCUGUAUCACACGAGUACUCUGGUACAGAUUCUCGGUCUGCAUAACGUGUAUAGACUUGGAUUUUUGACCUCACAUCAACAGCUGAUCACUACAGAAGCAAGCAGGUGGAUUUAGACUGCACAUGGACGUUUUUCCAUUUUAUUGUUUUUGAUACAUGUUUAAACAGUUAAUUAAGACAUAUUUGUAAUUGAAUGAUUUGCCAAUUGAAAUUAAGAUUAUUAUGGAUAGAUUACGGUGGUUGCAUUUCAUAUGCUUGAAAUUGUGUCGAGAAUUAAGAUUAUGGGUACAGAUUUUAGCUCCACAUACUAACAACAAUGGAAGGUCUUGACUCCGCCCCUUGUGCUCUUAUCCAUGCAUCAAGCCAUCUUGUCAUUGGUGGAUCUUUCUCCCAGAAGGAAUGGCUCACUUUACCAUCCCUUUUCCACAAACCUAGUUCUUUUCGGGGGAGAAUUCAGGGGCGUCUUUGUUGCAAUAACUGUUGCCUCUUCCUCGGGUGCAGCCAAAUAGUGCUCCUUUACCCCGAAAGAACAAAAUGCAAUUGUCAAGUUUGGAGUGUCAUUUGUCUCAUUGUCUGUUCAGUACAGUACUACAUUUGUUUAGACACACAUUGUGGAAAUGCAGAUCCUUCAUGAAGUCUCGUGAAAGCUUGGCAAGUGAAACAACCUCUUUGUUCAGAAGAUUUUGUGGAAUUGUUACCCAGACGUUUUUGCAAUUAUGGAAAUGCAAAUAAAUACUAUUAAAUUG